CAGAAUGAAGGUAAGACGCGCGUUUUCGCCAGUGUUCUGGUGGGAGGCACAGCGUCAUCAAGUGGGCGGAUUGGCGGGGAGGCAAGUGGCCAAGCAAUUGGGGGUUCGUGCACCUUGCCCCUUUCGCUCAAGCGGGUUAAUAAUGGCAAGGGGCUGAGACCGAAGGGUCGUCGCAUUCUGGGACGGAUCCAAGACACGCGCAUCAAGGAUCCAGCUGCCCGCUGGCGGGUGCCCAAGUUCCACCCGGGCCCCGCCGCUCCGUCUCACGCUCAAGUCUGCCUUCUUGUAUCACUUCUGGCCACUUCCCUCUCCUGUUGUUUUCUCCUGUGUUCGAGUUCUGUGUCCUCCGCUCAAUCUCGUCUUAUCAUCCCCCGCUUGGCUAACGUUACUGAGAAGCUAUCGCAGCGUCGAAUCAUGGGGCGGUUCGGUGCCUGGUUCAAGAAGUCAGACGACAAGGAGAAGCCGCCGAGUCCCUCAUCCAACCCGUACGCCCAGCAGCAGACAUCGCCGCCGGCCCAACACGAUCAAUAUAAUGGCAACCAAUACUCCCCUCAGCCUUCCCGCGGGCCCCCAUUCGGCUUGCCGGCCGGUCCUCGCCCCGGCGGUCUUCCAGGCAGAGUAGGAACCGGUUCUUCAGGGUACUCCGCCGCACAGUCCUCCGCAACAGAGUACGCCGCAACAGAGUCCUCCGCAACGCAGUACUCCCCAGAUUUGUCCCAGCCUCCCCCAUACAGCGCAGGAACGCCGUCGGCUAGUGCCCAGUCAAGUCCCUCGCUGGGCUCGGGGUACCCGAGGGAGAAGUUUGGUGCUGUGGACGGUGUCGGGAGAAACCGGUUCGACGCGCCGUCCGCGCCAUCCUAUAAUCAGUCGACGUCUCUAUCUUCUCAGCGCCCAGGAGGCUAUGGAAAUCUGGAUACGGAUGGAGGAUUGUUCGCCAACUACACCCCUCCCUCGAAGCAAACCGCUAGCUCUGGCGUUCCUGGACCCGAUGGAGUGGCCGACGCUGGGCAGGCCUAUGAUGACAGACCUCCCAUGACAGAGGAGGAGGAAGACGAGAAAUCAGCUGUCGACCGGCUAAAUCAGAUGAUGGACGCGGGUAUCAUGUCAAUCGAGGACUCGCAAAGACGACUUCUGGAACAGGGAGAGACACUUGCACAUGCGCAUAAUCAAGCUGUAAAGCAUAGUGAGCAGACCACAUUGAGUAAACAUAAUAUUGCCGAGUUGAAGAGUGAGCAGCAUAUGAUCAAAUUUGGGCGCUCGAAAGAGAAGGAAAAGCUGCGGGCGGAGAGAGAGUUUCAGGAGAGACUCGCUGUGCAGGAGAAAGAACACGCACAGAGAACAGAGCGAGAGGCCAAGAGACGAGCAGAAGGGCCAAUGCUUCUCAGAAACCCCCGCCAACAGACUCUCGGCGCUUCCCAGAAUAAGGUAAAGUCUCAGUAUGUGUUCGAGGAAGAAGACGAGGAGGUAGAGAAGGAAAUCGAGGAUGGUCUCGACAGCCUGCUACAAAAGACCCAACGCGUCAACUACACAGCGAAGGCCAUGAACGAAGAACUCGAUUACCAGAACAGGCUCAUCAACACCAUGAGCGAGAGGACCGACCAAAACCAGGACGAUCUCAUCAAACUAAGGAACCGUUUGCGUCAGUUUGAGUGAUGGACACCAGAGCUCACAGCGUCACUCUGGUCACUGUUUCGGCCUGCCUCCGUGGAUGAGUCGGCUCUUCGGCUGUUGGACUCGGUUAUAUUUUCUUUAGAGUGUGGAUGUUGUUCGCGUGAAGUUGUCGGUCUAGCGAAGUUAGAACUCUUCCGAGCGGUCGCAUACGAGAUACUAGUGGUCGUCUACCUACCAAGUUAUCAAGUUCUUGUGGGAGUUAUGCCGAGGGACUCGUCUUGAAACCAAAUACUGCGUGUUUACGGAGUACUAUCAGUCUAUAACCGUCCUGAAUUGCAAGGCACCGUGCUAGCUACAGUUCGUCCAGUAUCUUUGGUAAUUCCAGGUAUGAAAAUACCUUACUAUAACAAUGCC